GCUCGGUAUUGCUAAAUUGUCAUCUGCUCGCACGUGCUAUGGACAUGGAACGAAAACCAAAAGUUGCUAAAGUACAACCAACAACAGACAUGGAUAUCGACACAGGAAAGACAGCAAACGAACAAGAUAAAAUCUUAGUAAACGGUCAUCAAACAGAAGACGAACAGACCAGCGAGACGUCCGUAUCUAAGAAUGAUCAGGAGAAGAAGAAUGUAAAGGCUUCAGAAAUGACAAGCGCAGACUACUAUUUUGAUUCUUAUGCUCAUUUUGGAAUACAUGAGGAAAUGCUCAAAGACGAAGUAAGGACCAUGACUUACAGGAAUUCCAUGUAUCAUAAUAAACACUUAUUCCGAGAUAAGAUAGUGUUAGAUGUUGGGUGUGGAACCGGAAUAUUGUCCAUGUUUGCAGCACGUGCAGGAGCUAAGCAUGUAUAUGCAAUUGAAAUGUCUUCCAUUGUUGAUUACACAAAGACUAUAAUCAAAGAUAACAAGCUUGAUUCAGUGAUAACCCUAAUCAAAGGCAAAGUUGAGGAUGUUCAACUACCAGUAGAUAAAGUUGAUAUCAUUAUAAGUGAAUGGAUGGGUUACUGUCUAUUUUAUGAGUCCAUGUUAGAUACUGUCUUGUUUGCCAGAGACAAAUGGCUGGCUGAAGAUGGCUUGUUAUUUCCUGACAAAGCUUGUUUGUACAUAUGUGCUAUUGAAGACAGACAGUAUAAAGAAGAGAAGAUUUUCUGGUGGGAUCGUGUAUAUGGAUUUGACAUGAGCUCCGUAAGGAAGGUUGCUAUACAAGAACCAUUGGUUGAUGUGGUUGAACCAAAACAAGUUGUAACCAAUUCUUGCUUGUUGAAGGUCAGUUUAAAUACUGAUGUAGUACAGCCCAUGUUUACACAUAUUUAUUUGUAAAUUAAUUAUGCAAAG